GUCUGUGAGAGCAAGCGUCCCGCGCGCCGUCCCGCAAGGCAUUGCUGCGAAGCUGACCACACGGAGGCCCCUGCGAACUGCCGAGCCCAAGAGGGCAGCCGUUCGCGGGCUACGGGCAGGAGCACUGCGGUGGCCAAGCACAGUGGCCCCUAGAUGGAGUCAAAGAACGACGCCCACGAGCCAAACAGAGACACCAAGGACGAGCCCGCGCCACCGCUAGCGCCAACUUUAAAAAUAGUAGCGAAGCAGUUCCUCGCGCGCCGGGCAGCCCUCGGCGAGGCAGCUUUGGACUGCGACGGCAUCGAGUGCCUUUAUGGAGACUUUGUGGAGGAGAACGCCGACGAGUUCGAGGGCUUCGACCCCUCGGACGGCUCGGGCAACGACCACGGCUUGAAAGCGCUACACGAGGAGUUCCUGGCGCUGUUCACGAAAGACGUCGAGGGCGCCCUCGCGUCGUCAGACCUGACGCUCGAGGACUUCGUGAAAGACGUCGAGGAGGCGCGGCGCGACGGCCUGGAAGCGCGCUGGGACGCGCUCGAGGCGGCGACGGCCGUCUGGUUCUGCGAGGCCUGCUGGGCCGCGCUAGAUCUAGCCCAGUUCGCCGAGACGAUGCGAGAAGCUGCUCAAAGGCAACGACGAGUUUUAGACAGAAAGCGCGCCUUCCGGUUAUUGCGGCGGGGCGCGAAAUAA